UCAGUAGUAUAAAUUGACAUUUAGAAGAUUUUAGGAACAGAAAAAUAUAAAAAUUUUAUUGGAAUAAAACGGAAAAAUGUUAAGUCGACAGUAUAUAAAAAUUGCAAGUUCUUCGAGAGCCCUAUUGCGAAAUAAUAUAGUAAUAAGUCAUAAACAUGUAAUAACUCCAUGUUUAUGUAAUUUCCCUAAUCUACCAAUAAAUAGGCUAUUAGCAUCAAAUUCAAACUCAAGAGUUGUAGAAAAAAGUUUGGAAAAAGUACAUUCCCCUAAAAUAUCGCAAGAAGGUGCAAUAGAUCAGCGACCUACUAAAAAGCCUGCUGUAUCCGCAGAAACAGUUCUAGAGAAAUACGUAGCUGCCCUUAACACAGACAUAUAUCAAAAGAACAGAGUGUAUAAGAAUGAUUUUAUGAGAGUAUUGGCCAAGGUUAAAGAUUUAAACUUCAGUACUAAAAAACAGGGAUUGUUAUUGAUUCGAUGCUGCGGUGAACUGUUACCAGAUGAGUCUCCACUGUGUAGGAUGCAACUGGUGGAAGAGGUGUGGAAUACCAUAAAACCUCACACAAACUUUGAAGUGGAACAUUACAAUGAGCUGCUCAAAGUAUACAUAGCUAAUAAUAGGACUAUAACCGUCAGUAACUUUAUCAGUCAAAUGGCACCCGUCAAACCAACAAUCACAACUUAUGAACUGAUAUUGAGGGCUCUUGGAGAGGCUGGUGAUCUGAACCAAGCAACAGAAGUAAUAUCAAAUAUGAAAUCACAAGGGCUUCCGGCAACUGAAAGUGUAUUCAACUCUCUAAUCAUAUGUCAAGGAAAAGCUGGAAACUUCCAAAACAUUCAAGAAGUACUUACAAUGAUGAAGUCUCUCAAUGUGGCGCCAUCUAUCGAAACGUACACAGCAACAGUUAGAGCGCUGGCAUGGAACAAGAAACCCAAACCACUUCUAGAGGAAAUGGAAAAGGCUAAAGAACUAGGCAUGCAGUUCACUGAAGCACAUGUUAUGGAGAUUGUUAAGACAUUGGCUUAUGCUGGCCAGUAUCAACCUAUACCUACUGUCCUUAAUUAUCUCCCUGAGGAACUCUUAAAGUCACCAUCAAUUUCACCAUACAUGCAAAGUGUUACUACAUUGUUGGUGUAUCAGAAUCAUCCCAUAGCAGCUUUGGAUAUAUACAAAGCCCUGCCAUUGCCUUCAUUUGGACCCAAAGAUGAUAAGGGCUUGCAUGGAAGGAGUCUUGUUCGAGAUUGUGUUAAGGCAUCUAUGCCAUCCAGCAUCAUAGGUCUAAUAACACAAGAACUAAUGUCCUCUGGUCGCAAUCCUAUCGCAUUACAAAACGCUUGCGAAGCUGCCUUACAACUGGGCAAGGUACCUUUAGCCUUGGACUUGAUGACAAGGAUGCAGCAGAUGGGAAUCACCAUACGACCCCAUUACUUCUGGCCUAUUUUACUGCAAACUUCUAAAACUUAUGGGGAGAAAGGAAUAAUGAAUACGUUAACAACAAUGCAUCAAAUGAACGUCAAACCAGACUACGAAACUAUAAUGGAAUACGCUCUUCCAUACGUCAGCUUCACAUCGCCCCAGAACCUUAUGAAGAAGUUCUUGGAAACUGGUCUGAAUGUGGGGACAGUGUUGACGCCCAUGAUGGAAACUUUGCUCAAGACUGGACAAGUUAGAGCGGCUAGCGAGCUCUGUGAACUCUUCCAUGGCAAAAUAGACAACCAAAAACUGCUGAUACCCCUUGUAAAGGGAUACCUAUUAAGUUCUGACGUCAAGUCCACUGUACAUACAUUAGAGGAUAUGACCAUAAAAGCCCUUGACAAGAAUAAAGACUGGGUCGGCAGGUUUCUGUGCAAGUUCAUGGUGCAUAAGAAGAUAAAGGAGGAUCUGACUGAUAUGCUUAAUUUGUUGAAGGCACUAAAUAGUUCACCGGUCAAGAUAUCAACAGUGGCAGCAGAUUACUGUCUCUCUCGUCUCCCGGACAAAUUCGGGCAGGAGAAGAUAGAUCUGUUCCGGGACUACAUUAUACGGAUCACGGAUGAACGGCUGGUGGACGAAGGCGAUGUGUUCGAUCAACAGCUGCCGCACCCCAAACAUAUGAACGAGGAGAACUUAAAAGCGCAUCUACACGAAUUGGAAGCUAAGGGUAUGAACACAAGGGGAGUACUACGAAGAUUGCUCCAACAAUACUGCAGGGAAGGUAACCUUCAAGCCGCGAGGGAAAUCGCCGAGCGAUGCCAGAGGGAAGGGGUAUUCUUAUCAGCUGGCAUGAAAGCAGCCAUAUUCGAUCUUCACGUUAAACUCGGCGAGCUAGACUUGGCUGAGAUCGCGCUAGCAGACCUGAACAAAACAUCCCCUAACUUCACUCUAGACGAGUACAAAGUUAUCGAUUUCGCGACGUUAAUGGUGUAUCGGAAGAAAAUCGAUCAGGCUAUCGAUUUAAUUACUGAACAGUCUAAGAAAAGGAACAUAGUAGGCGGCCGCAGUAUCGCGAUGAACUGCUGGCGGCUGAUGGACGCGACCGCGGCGCACGGGACUCACGUCGACGUGCGGAACAUGUUCGAGCUGCUCACCAACUUCAAGUACUGCAAGCCUAGUAACGUCAUGCUGGGACCGCUCAUACGAGUGCAUUUGAAGAAUGGCAACAUACAAGAGGCAGUCAACGAGUUCGUCCGUCUAGCCAACAAGUACAACAAGACUCCUUUGAAACACGAACUUCUUUGUAAGAUCCUUAGCACCAUGAGCGACGGUCAGUCCGAAGAGAAGUUCUUGACUAACGAGAAAACUAACGGAAGAUAUAACAAGUUGGCGCAAACUGUACUCAAUACUAACAAGAAGGUUCAUGGAUCCGGCGACGUGCAGCUAACAAUCAUAGGAGCCCUAGCCGAGGCAGGAUUCAAGAAGACCCUCCGCAAGCUAUUCUUAGACCCUUCGGUUAAGUUCCACCCAGAUGCCAUAGUGCGGCGCUGCGAGCGUUUCGCUGAUGAGAAGAAAGUGAAGGCGCUGGAGACAUUAGCGGAGUGCGCGAGGGAUCUGCGACAUGUUGAUACUUCGGAGAUAUAUGACUUGAUACUGGAUGUGCAUCAACGCGACGAUAAUUACAACGAAGCCAUAGCUCUAUACACAAGGAUGCAAGAAGCUGAUAUCACCCCCUCACAGAAGUUCGUACAAACUCUCAUAUCAUUAAUCCAAGCCAACAACAAGGAGGUACCUUCAGAACUAUCAAUGUUAGUCAAUAAACAAGUUACGAAAGUCAAUUCUUAAGAACUUAUAUACUGUGUGAAAUUAUGUUAACGUGAUUUAUGAAAUGCAGUCUUAAAUUGUUAUUGUAUUGAAUUGAAAGUGCUCUGUCUUGUAAACUGUGUAUGUAA